GCGGCAGCUUCUGGUUUACACAAAGCAGCGGAGCGGCGGCGGCACGCGGGCUGCAGCGCGUCCUCUCACCUCCCCUCAGCUCAGCUCAGCUCAUCUCUCUCUAUCUGACAUCCAGACGGCCCGACCGAGGCUCCGGAGCCCGCAGAAUGACCUUCAAAAGCUUGAGGGAGUACCUGGCUUGGAUGUACUACCAGUACCUGCUCAUCACCGGCAUCUACGUCCUGGAGCCAUGGGAAAAAUCCAUCUUCAACUCCAUCCUCUUCUCAGCCAUCGCCAUGGUGAUCUACACCUCCUAUGUCUUUGUGCCCAUCCACGUGCGCCUGGCGCUGGAGUUUUUCUCUGGGAUCUUUGGCGGGCAGCCUGCGAGCACCAUGGCUCUCAUGAACUGAAAGAACACGGAGGGACGGAGACGUCGAUUAGCAUGAGUCCGAGAAUCAUUUCCCCCCCCCCUCCGUCACCUGAGCAAAUCCAGACUGAAAACACGAAGAUCUUAACGGAGCGAUCUGGAAAUCAGAGCCUUAGUAUCUUCUUUACAUCUUGCACCCUCUAGCCUUACCCCAUGGUAUUAGACACACAGCUGUACAUCACUUUCACACCCUCCCUGUGAAAUGUCGUGUGAGAUGUUGUUCGUCCUGUUUUUUUUUUUUUUUUUUAAUAUAUUUCUCUCUGUGUGUCCUGUGUGAGUGCAUCCCUCCACCUCUGGGAUUUGCAUGAUAGGGUCAUACAUGCGUGGCAGAUUUGCAUGCUCGCCUUGCUACAGAAUACCCCUCCACUCUUUUCUUUCCACCAUGUUUUGGAAGCUGUUGUUUUUAAAAGGGCAUUCGACCAAUUCAAUUAGUCAUUUUUGUAAAAGCUGGCUUAUUAACUUGAAAAGAACAUGAACGUGAUCAAAGUAGCCAAGCGCCAUCAUACUAUUGGGGGUAUAUCUGGAUUGUUUUCCACUCAGGAAGUGUCCAACAUCACUAUUUGAUACAUUGUAAUUACCUUUACUGCCGUCGUAUUUCCCCAAAAUGGACACGUGAACAGAAAUGACAGUUUGAGUGACUCUGUACAAGUCAGGGAUGAAGUGAAUGGAUGCGUGAUUUUUACUGCUGACUCCGAGGUAAACUUAUCAAUAGCUCAUGACUUGUGGCCAGUACAGGUUUGUCUCAAAAAUUUGUAAUAUAAUGAAAAACAAAUACUUACCCCUUAAUUUGAAUCAAGGGCUUAAAUGUAUGUAUGUUUUAUGUGUAAUACACAUAAACUGAAAUAUUUUAAACAUUUAAAACACCAUAAAUAUCACGAUUAAAAUUAGCAAUAACUGACAAGAUCAUUUUCUUUUCAAUUAUGUUCAAAUUUUCCGAGGCGCACUCAUGAGUGAAAGACUCAAGACACGUAGUGAAUGUUGACUGAAACAGUCUGAAUAGCUUUCACGAGUAGAUCAACGUUUGUAUGUAAAAUUUGGCGAAGUGUCCCUUUAAGUGUGUGUUGGUGUGUGGCAUCCAUGAUGCCAGUGAUUGUCAACAACAUCCUGUAGGGGAGUUAGUGUCCAACAUUUCUGAUUUCCAGCUGAUGUUACUGGUCUGUCUUCGGUUUUGAAUCAGAACCAUGAUCGCCUUUCUGUUGCAUUCAUGCACUGUGUUGCCGGCUGCUGUAGCACGUUGCGCAAUGUGUAGCUGAGGGAAUGUCCAAGCUAUGCAAUCCACCGUAACAUGUCCUGAUCGGGGCUGUGGAACACAAAGUGUCUCAAGCCUAUAUUUACUGGUCUUGCAGUCAACGUGAGUAAUAAAACAAAAAUAAUCGCAGAUAUGUGCUGAGCCUUCUUUUUAUCUGCAUUUUUUAACUCUUUGGUAUGCCGGGAAGGUGUGUUCUGUAUGAGCAUGAGCAAAUAUUGAUCCGACACACCUUUUAGUUUUAGGCUUGGCCUUGUUGGUGACGUAGGUUUACUCAGCGACCUCUCCAAUCAAAGCUGAACUGUUUGCCGUCAAGUUGGAAAUACAAGCAUUACUGUAGGCGAGUCGGCUUGAUGUGAAAGCUCAGGGGCGUCAAACCUCAUUUAGUUCGGGGGCAUGUAGAACAUCAGGUGGAAUAAUAUAUCCUAUAAAUAACUCAACAUUUUUAAGUUGUUUUUACCAGAAAGAAAUACAAAUAGAUUUGAAAAGAGUUCAAAUUUGAUGCAUGUUUUGAUAAAACCUGCUAUUAGCAACCUGGAAUCCCUUUUUCAAAACUGCAGUCUUUUUUUUAUUUAUUUAUUUUCUACAGUGAUUCCCAUUCAGUCAUAUGAUUUUCUGCAGCCCUUCACCAUGAAAGUUUUCACCAUUUCAAGGUUCUGUCUUCAUGUCUGUCAAUCAUCCCAAGAUGGUUUAUCUCCAAAUUAAUGGAUUCAAAGUCAUUUUUCACCUUAAAGUUGCGCUCCAUGUCUUCUGCGUAUUUUUUUUUUUUUUUUUUUUUUUUUUUUGCAAUGUCAUCCCCAGGGUCACUCGAGAUCUUCUUGUGGGCCGGAUAUUGCCUGCGGACCGUAUGUUUGACACGCCUGCUAUAGAUGAUCCGCGGAGCGUGAACUGGAGAGAAAAGUAGUGGUCGUGUCUCUGUACGGGUGCUGAGCUGUGCACUUAUCUUUUUUGCUCUCAAUAUCAUUUCUGAUUAUUUUUGCUUUGGGUCAAGGGCUCGCUGGUUACAGAUUUAACAUAAUCUCUUUAUUUAUAUGAAGUUAUAUAUUUAUACACACUGGUAAAUGCUUGGCUGGUUACAAUGUCAAUUACCAAACUUGUUUUUUUUGGGGGGGGAUUAUUUAUACCUGUGUUCUUCUGUGGCCAUGAACAGCAUAUACAUUGUACUUUGCUUGGUUUUUUUCAAUCAUGAAAUGCUUUUAUAUUGUUCCCACUUUUGAUAAACACUAAGCGGUCAUAUCAAAUAUUUCCAGCUUUUCCACCGUUCACCAUAUGAAUGUUUUUUUUUUACAACAAUAAAUCACUGUAAUAAUCAGAAAAUAAAGAAA